AUGACCCACCUCGACCAACUCCUGCAAAAGGCGCCCGACAAUGGCGACCGCAUCGCCGGCCUCGACGAGCUGCGCCGCGUCAUUCUGCUCGACGGCGUGCCCUCAAACAGCGAUGGCAUGUCAGAAUUGCGAAUCUACGUCUGGCUCAUUCUGCUCAACGCCCCGCCAUUGCCGACGAGCAAAUACCUGGACUUGGUCAAACAGGGAGCAUCACCCGCCUACGCCAAGAUCAGGAAUGACACUUUCCGCACCCUCACCACCGAUCCUCUAUUUCGUCGACGCGUCACCGAAAACAGCCUGACGCGAGUGCUGAAUGCCGUCGCCUGGAAACUGCACGAGCUGGAUGAAGCUCGCGUCAAGGGAUGGAUGUCCCCUCCCACCUUGGCCUUGCCCAAAAGCCUCGAUGGCAGCGAGAACAUCUUCCAUUCACCAGCCUCACCUACUGCACACAUCGGCUAUGUGCAGGGCAUGAAUGUCAUGGCCGCGCCCUUCCUCUACGCUGCCCGCAGCGAAGCUGAGGCUUUUGCCGCCUUUGAUCGCUACAUCAAUUUCGAGUGUCCGGGCUACGUGCGCGGCAGUAUGGAUGGCGUGCACAAAGGCCUUGCCCUCGUGGACCACAUCUUGAGCAUCGUGGAUCCGAAGCUCGCGUCGCAUCUGACUUCCAAAGGCAUGAAAGCAGAGAUCUACGCCUUUCCAAGUGUGCUCACCUUGUGCGCUUGCACCCCGCCCUUGCCGGAAGUCCUGCAGCUGUGGGACUUUCUGUUCGCUUUUGGACCGCAUCUUAAUCUGCUCUGCAUAGUCUCGCAGCUGGUGCUGAUUCGUGACUCUCUUUUGAAUAGUCCAACACCCAAACCAGACUUCAAGCCGUUGCGAGCACGCAAGGUGAUCGACUAUACGGUCAACUUCGCGCGGAAGAUCCCCGAUCAUCUGUACGAGCAAAUGCUAAAUCACGCAAAAUAA